AUGGCGCAGAAGCUGGGCGAGUGGGGCAAGGCACCCGCUGAAGCCACCGGGCUGUACCGGGCGAUGCUGCUCAGGUCGGCCUCAAUGUACUCGGAGAUCCAGAGGGAGAGAGCAGACAUCGGGGGACUCAUGGCUCGGCCAGAGUAUAAAGAGUGGAAUCCAGAGCUCAUCAAACCCAAGAAGCUGCUGAACCCCGUGAAGGCCUCCCGAAGCCACCAGGAACUACACCGGGAGCUGCUCAUGAACCACAGAAGGGGCUUGGGUGUAGACAGCAAGCCUGAGUUGCAGCGGGUCCUGGAGCACCGACGCCGGAAUCAACUGAUCAAGAAGAAGGAGGAGGAGCUGGAGGCUAAGAGGCUUCAGUGCCCUUUCAAGCAGGAGUUGCUGAGAAGACAGCAGAGACUGAAUCAGCUGGAAAACCCACCACAGAGAGAAGAGGCCCAUGCUCCUGAGUUCAUCAAAGUCCGAGAAAACCUGCGCAGAAUUGCCACGGAGGAGAGAGCACUGUAA